CUUCCUCCUCCUCUCCCGCUUCUAAGCACUUACUAUGAAGUCACUCAUCUUCUAUGCAAUCCUUGGCGUCGUUGUGGCCGACCGCCGCAACGGAUUCAACGGAAACGGCAACGGUUAUGGAGCACCUCCUCCUCCCACUAACGGAUAUGGAGCACCCACCAACGGAUUCAACGGAAAUGGAAACGGUAACGGUUACGGAGCACCUGCUCCUCCUAGCAACGGUUAUGCAGCUCCCAGAAAUACUUAUGGCACGCCCAACGGCGCCUACGGAGUAGAUCCUGAGAUUGCCGCUUUGGCCGAGAACAUUCCUGGGGGCGGCGUCCCCGGCGAGGACUACCCCAUCUUGGCUUCCGUGCCCGACACCGGCUUUUCCUGCGAUGCCCUGGCGGUGCAAGGUUAUUACGCCGACACUGCGCCUGAAGCCGGUUGCCAGGUGUUCCAUAUCUGCCAGGACCGCGCCCUCACACGCCAACAGGACUCGUUCCUGUGCCCCAACGGUACCAUCUUCAACCAGCAGUACCUGGUAUGUGACUGGUGGUUCAACGUGGACUGUUCUCAAGCUGAGAGCUUCUACUCCGUCAACGAACUCAUCGGAGUCCUUCCCGACGCCGGAUACGCCUAUGGACCCCCCACCAACGGUAACGGCAACGGCUAUGGCUCCAACGGCAACGGAAGUAAUGGAAACGGUAGGAACGGAGCCAAUGGAUACGGCUCCAACGGAAACGGAAGGAACGGAAAUGGAGGCGGCAACGGCUACGGUGCCCCUCCUACUCCAAGCAACGGCUACGGUGCCCCAACUACCCCAUCCAACUCCUAUGGAGCUCCUUUCUAAGUUAGACUUCCUUCUCUUUCCUUUAGAAAUGAAUUUUCUUAGAUUAGCCUCUUUCCAGUAUAUAUGCACAAGAAUUUUCUACAUAUCGGUAUUUUGAAAUAAAAUAUAUUAAUAUUA